UUUGAAGCAACCUGCCCGGUUUUUUAGUGGGCGACAGCGACAACAAUAAAAAGUUAAUUUUGAUAUUAAUUUUAAAAUGAAUGAUGAGGAAAAUAAAGUAAAUCGUGCCAAUAUCAUUCAUUACUCCAUUGAGACGUACUUUAUCUGGUUCAGUGCCUUAAUUUUUGUGACUGAACUCAUAACAGAUCUGUGCCUUGUAAUCUACUAUUUUCACGAGGGUCAGCUGCAAUGGGCCACAGUCACACUCACCAUAAUCAUUGUGCCACAAAUUCUGUGCCAAAUAUACUCACUUGUUUUGCUACGCUCGGAGGAGCAGACGAUUUCCGGGAAUGUUGUCUUUUGGCAUCUCUGUCUUAUGGGGAUCCCAUAUAGGUACCACAAUAUCCUUCGAACUAUAGAAAAGGGACCAAUUCAGGAAGUUGAUGUGAUUCGAUACAAGAUCCGUGAAGUAAAUGCCAUUCAAACUGUGAAUUCUGUCCUUCAGUACUGCCCCCAGUUCAUCUUCCAGUCUUUCCUCAUCAUUCAUCGAAAGUACAAGUGUGUCAUAACAGGAGUUUCAGCUGGGUUGUCGGGCUUCUCUUUUCUCUGGCACAUGUUCAUUCACUUCUUUUACCUAAUUAAACGCUACAAUGAGGAUUUAAUAGCCCCCGAAGCUCCCUGUACGCCGCGAAUCAUUGAUAAUCUUUCCCCUCAAUCGGGGGAUGCUCCUCCUGGGCAAGAUGUGGCUACACUACGGGAGAAUUUCAAGGACUUCGAAAAGCCCCUCUACAAUACAGAUGACAAGAAUUUAAUGGGCAAGAAGGCAGUGGCGAAGAAUGUGGAAAAGAACAAAAUAUUCAGCUUCAAUAAGCGAAAGCCCAUCUACGAAAGGGAUGAUUUUGAUCUCUAUGGGCACAACCAAUCCACCGUAUUCUGCGAAAUUGACGAUAGUGUUGUGUCGGAAAAAUUUCCAGCACAGGCCAAUCUCAAGGAAGCCAAUAACUGGACAAAACUGGAAAAGGAACUCUCCAGUAGCUGUGAUACCCUCAAGCAAUACCAUUCCACGGAUAAACUCACGGAAUCAUCGGAUAAAGCCACCAAAUCCAGCACCCCAGUCGCCGAUUGCCAAGGAAACUUUGGGCUAAAGCGCAAAGGAAUUUGCUCAUCGCAGGAAAUGCUGCAUCUUGUGGAUCUCAUGAAUGAGAAUCUCUCAGCUGAGCAGGUCGACAUCCUGGCCAAGAGUCUCAUUGAAUUGGGUCCAGAGGAAAGUAUUGUGAAUCCAUCGUCCGAUAGUGGGGAGUUGGACAGCAGUAAACUCCUCGAGGUAUUCCCAGAGGUGGUGGAUGAGAGCACACAGAGCUCCAUCCUGGAGAACAUUGACGCUGCCAUCUAUGAGAAUCAAAUAAUCUUCCAGGAGCGCAUAAAGAAGAACCAGCUGACAAUACAAAAUCUCAAGCUACAGGAUCAAAUUCUCUCAAAUUUCAUUGAGACUCAGCGCUUUAAUAGCGAUGAAUUGCUCAGCACGCGUGACUACGAGAACAUGUGCGUGGUGAACAUCAAUAGAUCCAAUCGUGGGAUGAAGCACUGGCGCAACUACCUGCAGGACAUCGAUGCAAAUGUCCACGAUAACUCCACAGUACUCAAUAGUAGCUUCUUCGUCACCACCACGACAUCGGCAACGGAUGAUUUGUACAUUCAUGAAAAUCAUUCAGCCCUCGCGGAUGAUGGGAGUAAGUCCGUGGAAUCGGAGAAGAGUGCAAAAGGUAGUGAUGCUUGUCGUGAGGUAGCAGGAGGUGGACGCAAAACGGUGCGAUGGUGCAAUAAAGUCUCCGUGGAGAACUAUUCAGCAUCCAGCAGUGAUGAUAGCCAUCAUGUGGACAGUCGUCUUGUGGAGACAAUCAACAAGAUCAACGUAGACUCCCCCAUUAAGCAUCUUACGCCCGUCAAUCCAAUGGAUAGUAUUACGGAGAGCAUUCACACAUUUGAGGAAUCCCACUAGCUGCCACCCUCUCUCCAUCACCUUCUCACGCUCCUCCGGAAGCCAUCCCUUGCCAAGCCAUGAGGCAAUCAGUAUAUUAGUUUUUUUUAACUCUUUUUUUUAUUUACUAUUUGUAGUAUAUUACUACACAGCCACAUUUUAUAAUAAAAAAAAUAGUUUUUUAGAAAUUUUAUUGUUUUUCACGAAGAAGAAUGUAAAAUGGGGUGAAUAGGAUGUGUACUGCACAGAGUUUUGUGGCUCUAUUUGUGAGUUGUAUUCACCCCAUUUUGCCGCACGCGAAGAUCUUUAUUCCUUCGCAAAUAAAAUCACGCAUAAAUUGAUAUUAUUAGUGAUAAGAUUAUGUAGUAUUGCCAAUUCCAUUUUUUAUAUAUAUUCCCCUCAAUACAUAUAUCUAGGUAUAUAAUCUUUUUGAUAAAACUAUAUACAAUUACAAUUUAAAUAUAUAUUUUGUGUAUCCACCCACGAUAUGAAAGAAUUCAUUAUUAAGAAAACAAAAUAAUUAUCACAAUGUGAGAGAUUUUUUUUUUUUCAAAUAAAUAUGCACGAAUCAAAA